AUGACUCAAGAUCCCCGUGUCCUGCUCCAAAAGGCCGACAAGGCGCUCUCUGGUGCCAGUGGCGGCUUCAGCUGGUUUGGAGGAAGAGCAGAGAAGUAUGAGAGUGCCGCAGAUUUGUAUACUCAGGCUGCAAAUGCAUUCCGAGUACAGAAAAUGAACAAGGAGGCCGGCCAGGCUUUCGAGAAAGCUGCCUCCAUCCAAACUCAGAACCUAAACGAACCCGACGAUGCUGCCAAUAACCUCCAGGAAGCUUUCAAGGUCUAUCGCAAGACAGACCCCGAGGAUGCUGCUCGUGUCCUUUCCAGUGCCAUCCAGCACUACGUACUACGAGGAAACUUGCGCCGCGCAGCGACACAGCAGCAGUACCUGGCUGAGCUGUAUGAGGUGGAGCUUGGAGAUAUGAAGAAGGCCCUGGAAGCGUACGAGAAGGCCGCCGAUUGGUUCGAGGGUGAUAACGCUGAGGCCCUUGCAAACAAGCACUACCUCAAGGUGGCGGACCUGGCCGCCCUGGAAAGUGAUUACUACAAGGCCAUCACCAACUACGAACGCAUCGGCCGCAGCUCUAUUAACAACCACCUGAUGAAGUGGUCUGUGAAGGAUUAUCUCCUGAAGGCAGGCAUCUGUCACCUUGCCACAAAAGAUCUUGUUGAGACUAACCGUGCUUUGGAAUCAUACCGUGAACUUGAUCCUUCCUUUGCUGGGACAAGGGAGCACCAGCUACUCGUGGACCUGACCCAGGCCGUUGAGGGUGGUGACCAGGAGGGCUUCGCUGACAAGCUCUUCCAGUUUGACCAGCUCAGCAAGUUGGACAAGUGGAAGACAACUCUCCUUCUGCGGAUCAAGAAUAACAUCGAGGAAGCUGAGGAGGACUUCUCGUAA